GAGUAUAUCAUCACUUCCUCCAUUGAUUACUUAGUGAUUCCUUAGCUUCCGUCUGCGAAGAGAAAAAAAAAGUUAAUAAGAACAAAAGGAUAUAAAAUGCCAACCCGGUCGUCGGAAAUGACUCGGCACGGCGGCAGGAGGAAGGCUAAAACGGCGGCGUCCGCCAGGAAGAAAAAGAAGCAGCCUCAGAGAGGCAUGGGCGUCGCUCAGCUCGAGCAGCUCAUCAUGCGAGAUCCGGCGACCUUGAAGAAAACGACCAACGACGACGACAAUGUAACGCCGCCGCCGCCCCUCCACUACUCCCCCGUCGUCCUCUCCCCGGCCUCCGCCGUGUCUGCGGCGGCGAUGUCCAACAAGAACACCGCCGGAAUCCCCUCUUUGCCGCCGCUUCAGUUCCCGAAGUUGGCCUCUUAUGGCUGCUACGGAGCAGAGCAGCUGUUUCCUUCUUAUUCCCAUCUUCUCCAUCAUCACCAUGAUCUGUACGGACUCAUCGGAAGCUCUGCUAAUAAUCCAACCCCAAACCAUUUUAAUGUGAUUCUUGAAAGCUCGAAAGAUCUCUCUGCAACCCCAAACUUCUCCUUCAACAACUCGUCCAUCUGUAACCUCUGUCAACAGGAAACACUUUUGAAUGACAGAAAUUCGGGCUGCAAUUUCAACACCAUCCAAGAAAAUCAAUAUUAUUUCACUGGUUUUAGCCCCAAACCGUUUUAUCAUGCUGGUUGUGCUUUCAAGCAGGGUGGGGUUGCAGUGGAGAAGAACAAGAAGAAGAUGAAGAGAAGUUCGUCGUCAUCAUCAAAAGGAGUAGUGGAGUAUGAGUUUUUCCCAGAGAGGAGCAGCAGUUUUGGAUCUCAUGAUGAUGAUGAUGAUGAUAUGGUGAUGAUGAUGAGCACUCCUACUGUUACUACUAGACCUUCAUCUCCAGAUGUGACAGCCAUGGGUUCUUUUGAUGGAUCUUCAUCUACCACAGUUGACCUGUCACUUAGGCUUUCUUACUAGCUGAUCAUCAGAUCUCUGGGGGAAGAAAUUAAAGAAAGUGGACUCACUGUUUUUUGUCUUUUCACAAUUUGGUGAAAUGCAGCUAUUCAAGAACCCCCUAACACUGAUUUUUCUUUGCCCUUUUUUUUGUCCAUCCACUAUCACUCUCCUAAUUGGAGCAUUACAGUUUCUGGGUUUUUGGUCUUUGUUCUGGAUUCCUUUCUUUUGCUAGCUAGCUCUUCACCAUUUGUGUCAGUGAGAUGCUUUAAUAUACAAUAUUCCCCAAU